ACCAAGACCAAGACCAAGACCAAGGACCAGCAUCACUACUGGAGCAUCAUCAUGAGCAUCGAGGUGGGCGUCUGACAUCACGGAUCGGACAAUCUCCGUCGCCAGUGCCAGUGACGUUCGCCACCACGAGUGACAUGUCUCACCACAAGGAUGGCCGACAAGCAGAAGCAGAAGCAGAAGCACAAGAGCAAGAAGACCAAGACACAUUUCAACUUGCGCAAGAAAGCUCUGAUGGGAAGAUGCUACCGACUGCAUCGUCCUCGGAUGACGACGACGACGACGACGACGACGACGACGAUGAGGAUGAUGCAAAAACCACGCGCUCAAAGCCAAAAUCGUCGGACGGGUUUGGAGGCCAUCAGAUCGAACAGCUCGACAUGGACGAUCCAUGGGCAGAUGACGACGAGCUUGUGGCUGCGGCAUCGGCGCGCUGUAAACCAAUCCGUCGUGUCUUUUCUCGGAAACGGCUGCGCGAAAUGCUCCAGCUGGCUCGGUUGGCAUGGCCUGUCGUGUUGACGAGCUUUUUGCAGAUGAGCUUGAACUUUAUCAGCGCCAUCUUUGUCGGACAUAUCGGCAAGGAAGAACUCGACGCGUCCGUGCUCGGAACGCUCUUGUCGAACGUGACGGGUCUGAGCAUGGUGAUUGGCCUCGCAACGGCCAUGGAAACGCUCUGCGCCCAGAGUUUCGGCGCCAACAACAAGAAGCGCGUUGGCGACAUCUUCCAGCGUGCACUGGUCAUUGAGUUCAUGACCUGCUUUCCGGUUGCGGCCAUUUGGUUGAAUGCCGAGUACCUGCUCAUCGGGCUCCAGCAGGACGCGCACGUUGCACGUUUGACGGGUCAGUUUAUGCGUCGCCUGCUCCCGCGCCUGCCGCUCGACAUGCUCUGGAUUCUCAUGAACCGCUAUCUCCAAGCCCAGUCCAUCCUCAAGCCAGCCAACUAUGCCUGCAUGCUGGGCGUCGGCGUCAACGCGCUGCUCCACUACCUCUUCAUUUACGUCUUUGACAUGGGCUUCCUCGGAGCCGCGCACGCGCUUUGGCUCACAAUGCUCGUCAUGGUGGCCGCGUUGCUCACUUACAUUCUGAAAUCCAAAGUGUAUGUGGAUACGUGGCGUGGGUGGACGGUGCUGUGCUUGUUCGAGUGGGGCCAGUUCGUUCGCCUCGCCAUUCCUGGUCUGCUCAUGAUUUGCCUCGAGUGGUGGUCGUUUGAGCUCGGAUCGCUGCUGGCUGGCAUGCUCGGGACGGUGGAGCUCGCUUCGCAGGCCAUCAUUUUGCAGGUGGCUUCGCUCACCUUCCAGAUUCCGCUCGGCAUUUCGGUCGCGUGCAACAUUCGCGUCGGCACGCUGCUCGGUGCCAACAAGCCACGCGUGGCUCGUCGUGCCGCGCACACUGGCAUGCUGCUCAUCCUGUUUGUGGCAGUCUGCUCAAUCAUACUCAUCCUGUCGACCAGGAGCGUGGUGGGUCGAAUCUACACCACCGAGGAGGAUGUGGUGGCCCUCGUCGCAGAGGUGAUUCCGAUCGUAGCAUGCUUUCAGCUGUUCGACUUUACCCAGGCUGUGGCUUCCGGCAUUCUCCGUGGUUGUGGUCGGCAAAAGCUGGGCGCCAUUCUCAAUCUCGUUGGCUUUUGGAUCGUCGGUAUUCCCCUCUGCUUUGCGCUCGUGUUUGGAGCAAACUGGGGUCUGCAUGGGCUGUGGACGGGUCUGGCGGUGGGCCUCUUGGUGCAAUGCUGCUCGAUGGUUGUGUGCAUCUUCCGCACGAAUUGGGACGAGCAGGCGGUUGCGGCGAACGCGCGAGCGCAGGACGGCAUCGAGGCGGCCAGUGAAGGCAACACUGGCGACGUUGAGGGAGGCGCGCUCCAACUUGAGCAACUGUCUAACGGCGGAGGAGGCGCUGUCAAAAAGACCGACCGCCUCAGCUUGGUCACGCAUGAAGUUGCCAGCACCUCCUCUUCUGGCAAUGUCUCCGACGUCGAAGAGGAAGACGGCGACAACGACGCGGACGAUGGUGUUGACAACGAGAUGGCUCGGCGUGCCCGCAAGCAGAGUUUCAAGAAACAAUCCUCGUUUGCGACAUUGACACGUCGGGCAGCAGCCAUGGUUCGUUCCGCGCAGUCGGCCAAGCUGCCGCGCAAGGUGCGUCUCCAGCGUCUUGCCUAUCUCAUGGUGUGCCUUUUCAUUUUCGUGGGCGGCGUCGUUUCCGCCAUCUAUCUCGACCAGACCCAGUCUCACGCCGAUGAGUCGCUCCACCCAGCAACCACCACAAGUAGCGCAACCACAAAUGGGACAGCAACCAGUGCAGGUGCCACCGUCCUUUCCUUGGCGACCGCAGCAACUCAACCCUUUGAGACGAGCACAAUCUUUGGUGCCGCCUCCAUCCAACCAAGGGCCACGGUAUUAUCUUGACGAGCAAUUCGCCACCAAGCAAAUAAAUCCUACGACGGUACUACUGUACUACCACUGCAAUUCAACGUCAACGACUCAUAGUGCAGCCUUCAUUGAUACAAAAAUGUCUACAAUGCAAAAUGCUCCGCUUGUUGAACGCGGCAACGAUCACUCUCAAAAGAAGCGAGAAUAAUCU